CGCGCCGCUUGCCGCGCGCCAUAAACAUGGAAGAAGGCUCCGUUGUUUUCCCGCGCAAAUUGCUCAAAAAAUUGAUAGCUAUGUACAGGGAGCAUCCUUGUUUAUGGGAUAAGAAUUGCUCAUCGUAUAAACAGAAACAGAAGAGGUACGAGGCGAUAUCAAAGUUGACUCAACUUGUUCAGGAACACGACCCGAGCGCGACGCGUGUACACGUGUUGCGUAAGAUUGAGAGCUUGCGCGCGUGCGUGCGGCGGGAACACAAGCGCGUGCGAGACAGCCGACUCAGGGUCGCGGCCGGCGGCACCGAUGGCAUCUACAAGCCGAUGCUUUGGUAUUACGAUAUGUUCUCCUUCGUGUUCCCCGAUGAUGAAAUCGAAGAUGUUUACAAGAAAACACAAACCGUACACGAACAGAACGAGAACUCAGAAGACGCUGUCCACGAUAAUGGUGAUGAAGAGGGUCCACCAUUCGAGCAGUCGAUGGAGACAUAUCCUGAGUACAGUGUUGCCAACAUGGUGAACGUGGAGGACCACAAGAGAUACCAGCUUUCCUUCGAAGAUGACAACAAGAGCAGCAAACGUCACUGCACGGAGAUAGAAGAUGAAUAUGAUGCUAUAGGUAUCAAUGUAGCAGCAAAACUAAGGAAUCUACCUCCAAACAUGAGGAUAUUAGCUGAAAAGUUGAUCAAUGAUGCGCUUUACCAGGCGCAGAUGAAUGGCCUCAACUCUUCAUCAGUCAUCACCACCACGGAUCCUUUCAAUCAAGUCAUUAUAUAGUUAAGGAAAUCAAAGGUUCCAGGAAAAAUACUAGACCAAGAAAAUAGUCGGUGAAUUUGCGGUAGCGACGAUUGAAUAAUUUUCAGCUGUUCGUAGUUUUUUCUAAUCUGCUGUAGAUGGCAGCACAUACGUACUUAACAUUCAGAAUUGAAAGAUGUGCGUGCUGUUGGUUGUAGUGAGGAUUCGAACUAAUAACCGUGGGUUUCUAAAACCAAAAUAUGUAUAAAACAUAUCAUCAUGUCAUUUGACAACGCAGAGAUAAAAUGUGUUUUAACAGAUAUUUUGGACUCGGAAACUCACGGUAAUAAGGUUGAAUUAAUUGUCACGAAGUUGAACAGACGCGUUUUAGUCGGAAAGAAACAAAAGCUGGCAUUUCCAAGUAAUGAUUAAUCCAUUUAACAGUGGAGCUUGCCCACAACCUGUGCGGUGGUUAAUAAGUUUGAAGUUAACAUACCCUAAGGUAAGUUUUCUUGGGCAGAAUA